CCUGAGCGGCCUGUCCGCAGAAGGACGGGCUUCAUUUACACAAAACCAGACCAGCAGCUCCGCUGUGGUCGCAGCAGAAACGAGCUGGGAGGAAAACGCUCGUUUCCCCCUCAGAGUAGCGUACUGUACCGCCAGCAGCGCGGCGCGCGCGGCUCCAGGUCCAGUUCCAGUUCAUACGCCACAUCCAUCGCUCCUGUCCUGCGGGACGAGCUACAAGUCGCCGCUGAGGAAAACCAGAAAACACGUCAGACGAAGGAAGCAUAGACAGACUACUGCAGCCGCCUGAAGGCAAGGAAGGAAGCAUCUCGGAAAAGCGCAGAUAAGCAAGUUCAAGUGUUGGGUCCUCCCGUUGAAGGAAUUCCCAGAGGAAUCCAGCUGCAAGUCCUUACAGAGAUUUCUGAUCACUUCUCAUUGUGAAAGGGGUGGGGGGUAAGAAAACGAAUCCCCCUCCACCGCACUUCCAAUGUCCCAGGGGCAACAUGACUCUUCCCUGGGGGCUAGACUGCUGAGCGUGUGCUGUAAAGUCACCCCCACCCUUACCCUCAUCCUGCUCUAACUCGCCCCUCUUCAGCCAUGAUGGAGGUGGGACUCUGGUCAGCGGCGGAGGUGUCCGAAUGGCUGGCCGAGGAGGGCAUGCCGGAAUAUUCCGAGGCCCUCCGGAACGUGGACGGUCGUGCUCUCCUACGGCUCUCCGAAUCGGACUUCAGGAAUCCUCCGCUGUCGCUGGUUACAGCAGACAACGGACAUCAGCUGCUGGAGCGCGUAGAGACACUACGCAUUGCUAACCACAUGGAGGUGCAUAAGAGUGGUAACCAUGGCAACAGCCAUCAUACUAACGGACACGUGGGAACCUGCCUCAGCAACGGGACCAUUAGCAACGGCAAGGUCCUCAACGGGGGGCCGAAAAAUGGGUUCCAUUCAGAGCCUGUACGUAUCCCAAUCCCGUUACCUCCCGAGCACGAGCGCUCUCCGUUUCCGACCGAAUGGUCUAAAACGGCCGUGGCCUUCAUAUACGCCUUGUGCUGCUUUGUCACAACAUCAGUAGUGAUUUCGGUGGUACACGAGCGAGUCCCUUCCAAAGAGGAAUCUCCACCUCUGCCGGAUAAGUUCUUUGACCUGUUUGACCGAGUGCAGUGGGCCUUCUCCAUCUGCGAAAUCAACGGCAUGCUGCUGGUGGGACUGUGGAUCGUACAGUGGCUCCUGCUGAAACAUAGGUCCAUAGUUGGCCGCCGUUUCUUCUUCAUCGUGGGAACACUGUACCUCUACAGGAGUGUGACCAUGUAUGUCACCACCUUACCUGUUCCAGGCAUGCACUUCAAAUGCUCUCCAAAGCUGUUUGGGGACUACGAAGCUCAGCUGAGGCGCAUUAUGAAGAUGAUCUCUGGGGGUGGUCUGUCAAUCACCGGAUCCCACACCAUGUGUGGGGAUUAUCUUUACAGCGGACACACCGUGAUGCUUACGCUAACAUACCUCUUUAUUAAAGAGUAUUCUCCACGGAGGUUUUGGUGGUAUCACUGGAUAUGUCUGGGUUUGAGCGCUGUGGGGAUUUUCUGUAUCCUGCUGGCUCACGAUCACUACACAGUAGAUGUGGUAGUUGCAUACUUCAUCACUACACGCCUCUUCUGGUGGUAUCACACAAUGGCCAAUCAGCAGUUUCUUAAGCAGACGUCCCAGGGGAACCCAUUUUCUCGAGUCUGGUGGUUCUGCCUCUUCCGUUACUUUGAGCGGAACGUUCACGGCAUCGUGCCUCGCAAUUACCAGCUGCCGGUGCCGCUGCCUUUGCCGUGCCGCUUGUUGCCGGGAAGCCGGGUGCUGUACAGCCGGCUGGAAUCCCGCUGACCGGACCACGGCGCCUGAUGGGCUGGAGCUCUGUGAGACUCUGAGAAAGGGAGCGAGACUACCGAUCCCAUCAACCCCUAUACGACUGGCUGAGCACUGUGACGCCUUUUGAACUUUCUUUUGAAGCAUUUCAACAUCCCUCAAAGACGUAGAGCACAGCCUCUUACAACUGGAUAUGUUUUGCUGCUCUCUACUGUAGCGCCAAGAUACCAGCUUCUGCCAAGAGUGUGUUAAGCUUGGUGUUCAGGAGUCUGAAUAUUUAAUAUAUUCAAGACUAAGUUCGUGUAAAUUUAAGGGUUAAUUAACCGCCAAACUAUGUCAAAGAGCCUGAACCUUUAGUCAUUAAUUUUUCCCUUUUUUUUUUUUUUUUAUAUUUUUUGUAAGAAUCGUACAAAUAGUGGUGAAAGAGCGUGAGAUUUUUCUAAACAAUUUCGCAGAUUUAUUUUCCAAAAACAAAACAAAACCAGACGUCCAAAUAGAGUAUGUUUUUUAGAUUUGUAUUUUUAUGAAUGCUGGAACAUCUAACGUCCGUUUUAGAGCUUUUCCAGUGCCUUUGUUCCUGACAGAUUGUACCACGCGUCCCCAUACCUGGUGUAGAACGACUGAUGUAUGCAUUACACACAAAUAGACUGAAUAACUCAACGUGUUCAAUAUGAUCUCCGCACAUGCUUCGUGUCUGUCCGAAUGUCUAGAGAAACGUCUUGCGGAGAAGCUGUUUGACCUCUUAGAAUGUAUGUGAACAGUCACCUCCACCUUACUUGAUCCCUCAGAAGCCAAAAUGUUUAGCCACAGUUGGAGAAUCUCUUUGGUAGCAUUUACCUUUAAUAAUUUUAGUGUCUCAUGACUUCUUGACCUCCCUCAUUAUAGACGUCCCAAUAUUUGUCUCUCGCGGAGCCCGGCGUGAUCUCGUGAUGAUAACAAAGGGGACAACCAUGAGAAAUUUGGGGCGAAAUGUGGGCGUAGAGCUCGUCAGCGCUGUCAGAUUGUUUUUAGCCCAUGGAUGUGAUCUAAUGUAAGCCACCUUUUGCAAUGUCUGUACUCUGGACAAGGACUAGAGGACUUUGUAGGUGCGUUUUUGUGGGUGCGCCGUACCCUAGUUAGGAGAUUUUCGCUGUCGUCCAGCACCAAAAUUUCAACAAGCUGUCCCCAGACACGUGUCCUCGUUACCAGACCACAUCUAGCCUUGCAAGACUAAGCCGAAGGGAGUUAUUGAGGGAGAGGCAGAAAGAAAGGAGGAUGAGGAGCAGAGAACAAGGUUAUAAAUAGAAAUAUUUCUGUUGGAACACUUUCAGAUGUUUUGAGUGGGUGAGCCCGUGUACACCUGGUUGUUCCAUCCUACCUGCAAAGAAGCCGGAUGCUCCCGUGCACGGAUGGCUGUGGCAUCACCAAGUCCCGUUAGAGCCAGGAACCUGUUACAGUACAAGUACAAUAUCAGUUCAUCGAAGUUGUCCACACCAUUCGCUAAAAUGCUGUGUGUUCCUUUAAUGCCACAAGCAGGGAUUCCCGAAUGCUAGUAUCUAUAUAAGCUAUUCAUUUCUCAAAAUGAGCCCCGAAAUGCCAAGUCAAACACAUAAAGAACCCUAUUCCAAGCUCUAAAUAGUACGGCGAGAUUCACUUGAAAGAGGCCCCAAAUAUUCGGUUGUAGCUUCUGUUACGAUGAAGCAAAUCUGAAGCAAAAAAAAAUGUUGCAUAACUUGACGUAUGUGUAAUCGAUUGCAUUGCGUGUGAGGCUGGACUUGAUCUCCGUUUUCGGCCAGACGCACGGGGUACGUGGUGUGCCACCCGGAAGGUGCGAACGGGAGUUAAACUGCCUCAUCGCUCCGAUGCAGGGACAUCCCGGAUUGUUCAAAGCUCCAUAUCGCUGUUGUUAGAAGAAAACCUCGUAUCUCGUAUGUAAAAUAUCUGUUCUCCCUUACAUUGUAUGUAAGUUUUAGAAUGAAUGGACUAAAAGAAAUGACCCAAAAUGACUUGGAAAAAAUUCUGGUUUCAUUGACUUUCAUUAAAAGUGAAGUAGGAUUUUUCCUUCUCCUGUAAAGUUACAUUUUGGAGAUAUGAGGUUUCCUCCUGACAACAGCGAUGUACUGAAGCACAUUGGCACAUGGCAUGUUGUUUCGUUCCGAUUGCUUCGUCCUUCAGAGAGUUAUUACUGAAUAUUCGGGGCCUCUUUCGAUUGAACCUCACUGUAUUUUGUACACAGAACCGUAACCUCACAUUUGGGCGCCCAGUGGGGUGGAACGGCUGCAUCGGAAUCAUUUGAAAGGCCCAAACAUUCAGUACCAGUAGGAAUGUGUUAAAACUUUGCUGUAAACAGUUUUGUGACAGAGGCUUAAAAAAAGUGACGACGUAGUCUCAAAGCACAAACACGCCAAGGGUUUGUUUUUGUUAUGAAAAUUCACGAGGCUUGCCCAGACCUCAGAAAUGAGCACCGUCGUGCCAAAAUAAAUGGACACCGGUGGUCUUUCCACGUUUGUGUUUGUAGCC